AUGCUAACCACAAUUUCCCACUACUAUGAAGUCGCCAAACAAAAGCUAUUAUAUCUCUCUGGUAAAUCACAGCUUAUUCUUAACAAAUUGUUUCCUUCAUUUAUUGCUGUACAUUAUGGCUACAUUUUGACGCUAACCUUUCUUGGUUCCAUUCUUUUGUAUGCUCCACCAAUGUCUGAUAAAUCAUCUGUUCAUUCCAUUUCUUACAUCGAUGCAUUAUUCUUCAGUGCUUGCGCUUGUACCCAAGCAGGUUUAAAUACAAUCGACUUGAAUGAGCUUUCUUUGUUUCAACAAAUCACCAUUUACAUCCUCUGCAUGAUCACCACUCCAAUUUUUAUUCACUCUUCAGUUUGCGUUAUCAGACUAUACUGGUUUGAAAAGUUCUUUGAUAAUAUCAAAUUUACCUCAAAAUUGAACCAUAAAAUGAGAAGAUCAAACACUUUAGCUCAAAGAAUUAAUUUAUCAAAUUCGACUAAUAAAAAUAUUCCUCUUCAUAAUUUGAAUCUAAGAAACCCAACUCUAACUAAUGAGCUCACCCCGAAUAAAAACAUCCCCAAUACUUCCGCAGCUAACAUUACUUCAACAAAUCUUAAUAAUGGUAAUUCUAAUGAAAUAAAUAACCAAGAUAACCAAGAUAAUCACAAUAACGAUUUUUCAACAACUAAUCAAAAUAGAGAUAUCAAAUUUGCCGAAAAUUUACCUCACCCAUCAAAGGCCAAGAAAGCAAGACAAAAUUUCAACCCCGAAGAAUUUUCAAGAUCAAUUCAAAUGUUGAAAAAUAAUCUUGCUAACCAACCAAUCAACGACGAAGAUGAUGGUCCUGCUUUAAUUAUCAAUGGUCCCGCAGAGAGAGAAGAAAAAUUGAAAAAGAAAAACCUCAAUUUAAAUUUACAUAAAUCAAGAUCAAACACUUUGAAUAAAUUAAGAUCUAGAGCAAAUUCUUAUCCUUUUAAACCUUGGAAUAAAUUUAAAAAAUAUAACAAUAACAAUAACAAUAACAAUAACAUAAACAAAAACAAUCAUGAUGAUAGCAAUGAUAAAUCUUUUGAUAUUUCGAAAAGCCCUAUAAUCAAUACAGAUAUUCAAAACAAUAACAAUAAAAACACAGACCUUCAAAUAAAUACCCCUAAUAUAUCAAAAUUUCCAUCUGCUACCUUUGACAAGUUAAUUAAGGAUAAGCUUAAUAAAAUUAAAAAGAAGCGUCGUCGUCACCGUCGCAAUAAUGAUGAAUCAUCAAAGCCUCCAAAAAUUAGAACUUAUUCAACAAAAUCAAUAACUAAUUAUAUUAAACGUACUCAAUCGGGUGAUUCUUCCAUAUUUGAUGGCGAUAACAAUAAUAAUUUAAAAAAAAAUCUCAGCGCAAAUUAUCUCUCGUGGAAUCCAACUAUAGGAAGAAAUUCUACCUUUGUCGAUUUAACUGAACAGCAAAAGGAAGAAUUGGGAGGUGUAGAAUAUAGAGCUAUCAAACUAUUGGUCAAAAUUCUUAUUACUUAUUAUGUCGGUUUCCAUAUAAUGUGCUUAAUUUGUAUUUUACCUUAUAUUUCAACUGUUAAAGACAAAGUUACAUAUAUUCAUGAUUGUGGUGUUUCUGUUCCAUGGUGGGGUUUCUUUACUUCUGCUUCUGUUUUCAACAAUUUAGGUAUGACCUUAACUCCAGAUAGUAUGGUUUCAUUUAGUCAAUCAGCUUAUUUCCUAAUAAUUUGUUCACUCUUUAUUGUAAUUGGCAAUACUGGGUUUCCUAUUCUUUUAAGAUUUAUUAUUUGGGUAUUGUUUAAAUUUGCGCCAGACUUAUCACUUUUUAAAGAAUCUUUGGGUUUUCUUCUUGAUAAUCCUCGUCGUUGUUUCACUUUAUUAUUUCCCAGAGUUCCAACUUUAUGGUUGCUUUUCGUUUUAGUUACUUUGAAUUUAAUUGAUGUGAUUUUAUUUAUUAUCUUAGAUCUUUCAAAUGAAGCCGUUGAAUCUAUUCCCGUUGGUUAUAGAAUUAUUGAUGCAUUUUUUCAAGCUUUUAGUACAAGAACUGCUGGGUUUUCAGUGGUAGAUUUAGCAAAAUUACACCCCUCGGUCCAGGUUAGUUACAUGUUAAUGAUGUAUAUUUCUGUAUUGCCUUUAGCUAUUUCUAUUAGACGUACAAAUGUUUAUGAAGAACAAUCUUUAGGAGUUUAUUAUAGACCUGAUGACCAAAGUGAGAAUGAAGAUCUUGAUAAAAAACCAACUACGUUCAUUGGAACACAUUUAAGAAAGCAAUUAUCUUAUGAUUUAUGGUUUAUAUUCAUUGGUUUAUUUAUAAUAUGUAUUGCCGAGGGAGGGAGAUUAAGUAAUUUAACCCAAACCAGUUUUACAAUUUUCCAAGUUUUAUUUGAAAUUGUUUCAGCAUAUGGUACAGUUGGAUUAUCAUUAGGUUAUCCUGGGGAAUCAACAUCAUUUUCAUCACAAUUCACUACGGUUUCUAAAUUGGUUAUUAUUUGCAUGGUUAUCAGAGGGCGUCAUAGAGGUUUACCAUACGCAAUUGAUCGUGCUAUAACAUUACCAUCUGAAAGAUUACUUAAAAGAGAUGAGGUUCAAGCUAACCAUGUGCUUUCUAGAGGAAAUACUCAUUUGAAUCUCAAUAGUAGAUUGCAUACUAAUAAUACAGCUGCCUGA